CUGCGUCAACAUAACACAGCGGAAGUGAAAGCCUUAUAAUAGCAGCUAAAUAAGCAUGUUCGAUAUUUUAGUAUUUCACAUUGUAAAUAUUUUCUGCUAAAAAGAUGAAUGUUUUUAUCUGCGUCGUAUUGUUUCUUGUAAGUGCCGCAGCUGCUAACAAAAGCGGGUAUGAUGACUGGGUGCAUCUGCCAAAUAAAUGUGAAGUGUGCAAAUUUCUUAGUGUUGAAAUGAAGUCUGCAUUUGAAGAGACUGGCAAAACAAAAGAAGUGAUUGAAACCAACUAUCGCUUCCUGGAUGAUAAAGGUGCACCGUCAAUCAAAUAUGUCAAAUCUGAUAUUCGUUUCAUAGAGGUGAUGGAGAAUGUUUGCUCAAGGAUUAUGCAGUACAAUCUACACAAAGAGAGAGAUGGAAGUAAUCGCUUUGCAAAGGGGAUGUCUGAGACAUUCUCAACCUUACAUAACCUGGUUAAUAAAGGCGUAAAGGUGGUCAUGGACAUUCCUUAUGAACUGUGGAAUGAGACCAGUGCGGAAGUGGCAGAUCUCAAAAAGCAGUGUGAUGUGAUGUUAGAGCAGUAUGAAGAAGUCAUUGAAGACUGGUAUAAAGGCAGCCAGGAGGAAGAUAUCACCACUUACCUGUGUGAAAAACACGUGCUGAAAGGACAAGACACUGGCUGUCUUAAAGAGAACUGGGCUGGGAAAAAGGGAGACAUGGCAGCUAUCGCAGAGGACAAGAAGAAAAAGAAGGGCAAAAAGAAGAAAGGUAAAGACACUGAGGAUGGGCAGAAAAAAGAGAAGGUGAAGAAGAAGAAGAAGAAAAAGUCCAAGCUGACUGAGACUGAGACCAGCAAGCGGAAAACUGAAGAAGCUGGAUACACCUCUGAUGAGGAGAUCCAGAAGAAACUUCCUCUUAAUCAGGAUAAAACUGAACUCUGAUAGAUUUCUUUACUUUUUUUUUCUCUCUGACAUUUGUCUCACUGAUAUCUACAUUAAUGACUGAUAUUGAGAUGUACAUGGAGUUUUAGUUAGAAGAAGGUAAUAUUGAGGUCCUCAUUCUAGAUCACUUGUUACAUUAACUCCAUCCAGGAAGAAGCUAAAAUCAAAUGCCAUUACAAAUCCAGAAAUGCAAACUAGACCAAUCAAACUCUGCUGUAGCUUGUGUUUGUUCUCACGCUGGUUUCAUGUCAGUUACAUUAUAUACAAGCUAAAAUCUUUUUUCAGGGAAAUGUCUGCCUUUUGAAGACUCUAGUGUUUUGAAUCAAUCAAGUUGGCAAUUGUUGGAAUGGAUUCUGGAAAUCCUUGUGGUUCUCAUUUCUUUUAUUCUUGACUCAUCUCACUGAGUCCAACACAAUAACCCCACCACCUCCCAAAUUUGAGUUUAGUUUAUGAAUUUAGUCAUGAAGUUUUCUUAUGCCUACUGUUUCUUUUAAUUGCCAUUGAUUUCACAGGAAAAGAUCCUUCAUAGAUUCCAAGUAAGGAAAUACAUAAUUGGAGCUUUUUCUGUAUUAAUAUUAUUAGGUUUUACAAAUCUUAAUCUUUCUUUUUCUGUGUUGGAAAAUAUUUUUUGGUUAACUUUUAUGUGAUGCAACAAAUGCAUACAUUUUUUUUUUUUUUUUUUUUUAACUUGGCAUCUCAUAAAGUCUCUAAAUGUCCCACAUUUCUCAUUUCAGUUAUGCAGAUAAUGGGAGAAAACCCUGAGAAAAUACCUGGGACCUUUUCUUUCUUUCUGUUAUCCAAUUAAGUGUGUGCCAUUUUUGCUUGAUCUGUUCAUAUAAGAUUUUUGCAUUUGCUGUGUGUAUGUAUGUGAUGUCACGGAAUGUUUAAGUUACAGUUUUAUUUAAUAUUUUACUCAGAAGUAUUGUUUACUUAAGCUGUUUAUCUGAUAUCAGCCAUCACUAUUUCCAGAGAUGUGUGUGUGAGAGUGAGUGAGUGUGUAUGGGUGCAUGCGUGUGUGUGUGUGUGUGUGUGUGUAAGAGAGAGAGAGAGAGAGUGAGUGUGUGUGUUUGAGAGAGUGUGUGUGUGUGUGUGGUCUUGUUUUUGUGACAUAUCAGGACACAACUUUGUAUAAUGACAUGGGUAUGACACAGGUAUUACAAGGAGAGGGUGACUUAUGAGGACAUAACCCAUGUCCCCCAUUUUUCAAAACGCUUAGAAAUCAUACAGAAUGAGUUUUUUUUUUUUUUUUUUUUUGAGAAAGUAAAAAUGCACAAAGUUUCCUGUGAGGGUUAGAGUUAGGUGUAGGGUUGGUGAAGGCCGAUAGAAUAUACAGUUUCUACCGUAUAAAAACCAUUAAGCCUAUGGGAUGUCCACACUUUUCACAAAAAACAAAUGUGUGUGUGUGUGUGAGAGAGAGAGAGAGAGAGAGAGAGAGCUCCUGCAGGUGUUUGUGGGCCUAUUCUGAUUACUGUUGUUUGGGGUGUGUGUGAAAGUUAUUGACCUUAGCUCAUUAGCUGAGGCGUUUAAUAAGUGUUGUAGAUGACUGAUGAAUAAAAGGGAAAACUGGCUACAACUCUUGAAAAAAACUCGGAAGGAAACGUUUUUAAACGGUAGUUUUCCAGUCUUCACCACAAGAGGGUGGUAACACCAAGAAGGAAGAAGAAAUCCUGGCUUGAUAAGAGAUUGUAGUAAAGUUUUAUUCGAUUGUGCACGUGUCGCGAGGACAUUCUGUAUGAUUAUUUGUAUAUAAUUCAAAUGAUAUAUUUUUAUAUAAUUAAAAAUGGUAAAUUAAUUUAAAAUCAGUUUAAUUUAAGGUGUAAACAUUGUGUUUAAAACUAACUGUCGAUAACUUCUAUUUGAGCGGUGCUAUACCCUCAACAGAAAGAAAAGAACAAACGAAACUUAAGGAAAUCCAUUAAUAUUUCUUUCUCAUUUUUAUUAGAAUUAAUGAAGCAAUGCUCUUCAGACAGAUGUAAAUAAUGGUGUGUUAUGAAGAAGCGUCUGUCACGAGGCCUGUUUAUCAGUAGUGACCCUGCUGCAGUGCAGAAGGCUUUGUCCGCAUUUCCACUCCUCAAUGUCACAUUCCUCUUCUGUUAUGUUUGAGCAAUCUGUAUUUGCCCUUCAGUAUUGGAGCAAAUGGCUAUUCACUUGCACAAACACAUCUCAAUGAAUAAUUCACAAAAACAAACAUCUUGCACCCAGGAUAAAACCUUUUCAUUUUUGCUAUCAGUAAGACUGCGAGACUCUUCCUAUGGCAAAUGGAGAAAAUCGAGAAUUUGAUUGUUCUCUAAUCUAUGAGAAUAAAAAAUAUUGAUCUUUUACAUUGCAAUCACCUGGUAUAUUACACAAGAGACAGUACGUGUGAGCAAGAAUAUGAAUCUCUCUUCUCUGGCCCGUUGUUUUGUUGUUUUGUUUUGCUCCAGUUUUGUUCGACCAUGUCUGUCUAUAUGAAAUCAUUUAUGACCCUGGAUGGUUUCCCCAUGAAAAUGGUGCCCAAAUAACCACAUAAUUAAUCUCUCUCUGUCUUAAGGCCUACCACAUUUCAUACAAUAUCAUCAUUUUGACAUAAUCUGUUUAAUUGAUACUCAGUUGAUUGUAGAAAAUACAAUUAUUUAUUUUGUUUACUGAGCUAAUUUGAAUUUUUUACAAUUCUACUUAACCUUUAAUUGUAAAGAAUUGAGGGCCCUUUUACCCUAUUUGUGCCAGAAG